CGGACGUAGGGCAAGAUGGCUGCGCCCGUGGAGCUGCCGGCGGGGCGAGGAGCAGGGCAAGAUGGCGGCGUACGGAGAGGCGGGACUACGGCAAGAUGGCGGUGCCGGUGGGGCGGGACCGGGGCGUGGCGAGUGGCGUCGGGAGGCAGCGAGAGGGCCGGGAAGCAGCGCGGGAGAAUGGAGGACGGCGAGAGGUUCCUCCCCAAGGACUUCCCCAAGCUGAAGAAUGACACGUUCCUGCGAGCAGCACGCGGGGAGGAAACAGAGCAUACCCCAGUGUGGUGCAUGCGGCAGGCCGGACGCUACCUGCCUGAGUUUCGGGAGACCCGGGCAGCACAGGAUUUCUUCGCCACUUGCCGUAGCCCUAAAUUGUGCUGUGAGCUGACGCUGCAGCCACUCAGACGAUUCCCCCUGGAUGCUGCCAUCAUCUUUUCUGAUAUCUUGGUGGUGCCCCAGGCACUGGGCAUGGAGGUUGUCAUGGUGCCUGGCAAAGGACCCACAUUCACAGAGCCCCUGAAGGAGGUGGAGGAUCUGCUGAAACUGCGACAGAAAGUGGAUGUGACUGCAGAGUUGGGUUACGUCUUCCAGGCAAUCACACUGACACGACACAAGCUGGAGGGCAGGGUACCCCUCAUUGGCUUCUCUGGGGCACCUUGGACGCUCAUGUCCUACAUGAUUGAAGGGGGUGGCUCCACUACAAUGGCCAAGGCCAAGAGCUGGCUGUACCGUCACCCUGAAGCCAGCCACCGACUGCUGCGGCUACUGGCUGAUGUUGUCACUGACUACCUGGUGGGGCAGGUGGCUGCUGGAGCGCAGGCACUCCAGUUGUUCGAGUCCCACGCGGGGCACCUGGGCCCAGAGCAGUUUCAGAACUUUGCCCUGCCUUACAUCCGAGACAUCGCCCGGGCUGUCAAGAGCAAGCUGAAGGAGGAGGCACUGCCCCUGGUGCCCAUGAUCAUAUUUGCAAAGGAUGCACACUACGCGCUGCGUGACCUGGCCCAUGCUGGUUAUGAGGUGAUUGGCCUUGACUGGACUAUCCGGCCCCAGGAAGCUCGUGCACAAACAGGGAAGGAUGUAACCCUGCAAGGGAACCUGGAUCCCUGUGCACUCUAUGCACCCAAGGAGAAGAUUGGAGAGCUCGUGAAGGCAAUGCUGGAGGAUUUCGGAACCCAACGCUACAUUGCUAACCUGGGCCACGGGCUCUACCCGGACAUGAAUCCUGAGCAUGUGGGUGCCUUCGUGGAGGCUGUGCAUGCUCAUUCCUGCCACAUCAACAAGCACAGCUGAGACUGGGGACUUGGGGAUGGGACUGCACACAGUCACCCCAAGAAGUACGUUGUCACAGGGCUUGCUCUAGGCUGGGCUGCAACAUUAAACCAGCACCCUCUCUGCA